GAUUAUCCGUACGACUCUUUCUUUGUUUUGUUGAGAGAGGGGAAGAGUAUAGAUAUAAGAGACAUCCGCUUUGGGGGGUAUUUUCGUCUUGGUCUAUCUCAACUUCAUUUCCAAAUUCUAUAUCCGGAUUUUGUUUCGUUCAUUGCUCAACGCGAUUGAAACAUUUGAUAGUUUGAAAACAUACGGACUAUCCACCUACCAAGGAUAUUUUUCUAUAAUAUCUCGAACAGAUAUUCACAUCAAUCCUCUCACAUACGAGUCUUUGACUUCAGACCUCAAAAUGCAACUCUCGUCGGCCUUUCUCUUCGUGACAGCUGCUGUACUCAGUACCUUUUCACUCGUUACAGCCACACCAAUGCCUUGCAGCGAUGCGACAAGAGAUCUCGUUCUCAGAGGAACCUUAGAUCCAAGCGCAUGUUGUAGUUAUGGUGUAUGUAAAGGGCUCGUAAAUGUCCAAGGUGGUUGAGCGAACUUUGCUUUUAAUGGUUCGAAGGGAAGAUGAUGAAAGAAACGGGACGUCGCUAUCGUCGGUUCAAGAGGCAUUGAAGCACAGCCCGUUGUGGGAUUGAAUAUUCGGGGUAUCCGGUUGGCGUUCAUUACACGACACCACAAUCUACACAAUAAGAUUGUAUUUUUGUUAGGUGUUCAUGGCUAUGAUCACCUAUUGGGUUACAAGGUCGCCACGAGAUUAAAUGCGGGCAAACGAUCAAUGGAGUUAUGGAAAUGGAAUGAGGGCUCGACUUUACAGAACAAAAUACUCGACAGUAGUUCGUGGGUCCAGGUUAUGGAUAUAUGGGUUUCUGGUAUCAAUUACCACGGGUCGUAUGUAGAGUUCAAUACAUAUGUAUCAUUUAUAAGAAGUUUUUGAAGAAGGAAUAAAAGUUUUGUGCCUCUCUCACAUCCUUGAUGUCGUGCGACUUUUUGUUCAGCUCUGGAUAUCUGUGAGUAUAUAAAGCC